UGCCCUUGCUCUGAUGGCGGAGAAGUUUACUGUUCCGAGUUCCGGCUCCAGUUGUAGCAUUUCGUCGCUCUCCAGCGCGCUGUCCAACACCAGGCUCGACCUGCUGGACUCGGAGAGUUCUGCUGCCCGCAAUGGAUCUCAUGUGCCCCGACCGGCCGCCAGUGUUCAGGUGCAGAGGCGCCGACGCCGUCGGCGGUCAAGCAGCUAUAGCGUGGAGUCGACGGACAGCCCGAAUGAGGUUCAAGUGCUGGUGAUAAAUACAGGAGGAACUAUCGGUAUGGUGUAUAGGGAUAACGUACUUGCACCACAAGCAAAUGCCCUUGUGAAAGCGCUUCGAAAAAUGCCAGGCCUGCACGAUGAAGAUUAUGCCCAAGAAACCAAGCUUUAUGACUUUUGUGAUUCACCCGAAAAUACUUUGGUUCUUCCUUAUUGUAGGUCAAAUCAAAGGGUUGUAUACUCAGUAAUUGAGUAUUCACCUUUGCUGGACUCAUGUAACAUGAACACUGAUGACUGGGCUAAAAUUGCAGUUGAUAUAGAGAAUAACUACCAACAGUACAAUGGUUUUGUGAUCCUUCAUGGCACAGAUACAAUGGCUUACACAGCUUCAGCCCUUUCAUUCAUGUGUGAGAACCAAGGAAAGCCCAUCAUCUUGACUGGCUCUCAGGUUCCCAUCUAUGAGAUGAGAAAUGACGGCCAUGAUAAUUUGCUUGGGGCACUGCUGAUUGCCGGCCAGUAUGUAAUACCAGAAGUCAGUCUGUAUUUUCAACAUAAAUUAUACAGAGGAAACAGGGUGACAAAAAUAGAUGCAGGAAGCUUUACUGCAUUUUCUUCACCUAAUCUACGUCCGCUUGUCAAUGCUGAAGUGGAAAUUAAAGUCAACUGGGACACCGUCUGGAGACCAAAUGCAACUAAAAAGUUUAUGGUGCACACCGAUAUGAAUCGAAAUGUGGGACUGAUAAGGUUAUUCCCAGGAAUCACACUUGCCACGGUGCGAGCAUUUCUGCAACCACCAAUGGAAGGAAUUGUAUUGGAGACCUAUGGAACAGGGAAUGCUCCAGAUAAUCGUCCUGAUAUAUUGGAGGAAUUUAAGAAAGCUGUUGAUCGUGGAGUGUUGAUAGUAAAUUGCACUCAGUGUUUGAGGGGCUCUGUUAGUCAAUCAUAUGCAACAGGGAAGGCUCUCACUGAUGUAGGUCUCAUUCCUGGAUGUGAUAUGACACCUGAAGCUGCUUUGGCCAAACUGUCCUAUGUACUGGGUAAGACUGAACUGAAGAUACAAGAAAAGAGGAAGAUGCUGUCUGAAAACCUGAGAGGAGAAAUGAGUGCAGCACUUGGGGAGGCAAAAAUUUCUCUUCGAGACAGUCGAUUUAUUCAAGCAAUUGCCAGAUCUCUCAGUGUCAGCUGCAAAGAGGAACUGGAGGCUAUCCGUGAUGCUCUGACUCCUUCGUUGGCUUGUGCAGCUGCGAAGGCCGGCGAUAUUGGUGCAUUGGAAGCUAUACUCGAUAUGGGUGGCAACUUGUGCAGUGAGGAUUAUGAUGGACGAACCCCACUCCAUGUAGCAGCUUGUGAGGGACAUCUAGAAGUUGUGAAAUACCUGCUCAGCCGUGGAGCCACUGUUUAUGCCAAAGAUCGGUAUGGAGAUACACCACUGAAGAAUGCAGUGAAAUUCAGGCGCAUUGAGGUCAUCAAGUUAUUACGGCAGACUGGCGCCCAUUUCUCAAACAAUGAGAUUGUAGAUGUGGGAACUGACUUGUGCAGCCUGGCUGCAAAUGGUGACAUGGAAGGACUAAAGGCUUGGUACUUUGCAGGGCUGGACUUGGACCAAUGCAGCUACGAUGGACAAAAUCCUCUGGAAGUUGCUUUGGCUGAUGGCAAUGAAGAGGUGGUCACAUUCCUCCAAUCCACAAUGAAGCAAAACAGGCUGAGCUGGAGAGGCAGGACUUUGUUGAUUGAGUUCCAAAACCUAUUCCUUCCACCAACACCAUCACCCCCUCAUCACUACCUUUGCAAGAAGUUGGAGGAGGUUCUCUCACCAGCAAAGUUGACCAGGAGCCUUUCGAGUUGGUGGCAACCUUGUGUAUGGAAUCCUCAGCUAUUCCUGCUUUAGGUCCACCGUGAAGGAAAAUGACAGAUUUACUUUCUGGACUGUCUGCACAAUCAAAAGUCAAGAAUGUUAAAUAAUAUUCUUCAUUGUCUUGUAAGAUCCUCUCCUUAAUUAAAAAAAAACUAUGUAUUACA